UGUGUCUUUCUAUCUCUCUAUGAUCAUCAUGAAGACUCUCUCUGUCACUCUCGAAAACGCGCAGUUUUUGUUUUAAAUUUUAUUUGUUAUUUUAUUUGUGUUCGUUAUGGAUCCUGGUGAAGCGGCGCGUCGGAUGCUUGUCGGAUCUAAUUGUGGUAAGGCGAUUAUCAAUCCCAUAACGAUGAGAUUCCGACCGAUCGCGCCGAAGCCUGUCGCCGGAGCCUCUGUUUCCGGCGACACCUCAUCGAUAUUGAAAGGAAGGAGGAAGAGGAAGUACGUUAGGGUUCAGGGGUAUAAUAGGAAGAAGAAAACUACAAGAUCAAACACCACCACCACCGAGGCCGCCGCGACGACGCUGCAACUGCUCCCGGAACGACACGUGGAGAUCUUCGGAAGCGGAUCUCCGGAGGUGGGGUUGGUAUCAGAUGGGAAGCGUGGAGCGGCGGCGGAGGAGGUGUGGGUGACGGUAGAAUGCGCGAGGGGGGCGUGCAUUGAGGGAGACGAGGAGGAGAGGAUGAAGAAGCUAGAAGAGGACACGUGUCCAGGGUUCGUAUCGGACGGUGUGGAUAGAGUAGAGUGGGUAAACGAGGCGUUGAAAAGAAUGGUGAGGCAAAGGCAGAGAAGCAGUGAGGCAGGUGAGGAAAUAGAGAUAAGGCUGAGAACAAGGCCAAGAUUGGGUUACUUGGGGAGAGCAUUCACGUGCCAAAUGAAGCUGCACUUCAAAGCUGGUACUACGGACAUGGUGGUGCCCUGUGAUGCGUGGAGAAUAGCGGGCGGAGGGACUGCAUGGAAACUCGACCUCAAUGCCGCCCUCUCUCUAGCUCCUCCACUUCAACAAGAUUAGUUAACCCCCAAAACUUCAGGUGGUAAUGGAAGGCGGAGGGUAAGAGAAAGUAAGGAGUUUGGGUAUAUAAAGUGUAAAUAAAUAGGUAAGGAGGUGUAGAAGGGUAUGCAUUUAUGGAUAUCACCAAGCAACCGACAACAGCCGCCUGGAGCCAUGGAUGGAAUCAUCGCUCAAUACAAACAAACAAACUGUAACAUAAAUAUUAAAUGUUCUACAUCUAAACGUUUUGCCUUGGCUCGAAUCAAUUUGACACGUCUUUUUUCU